UCUCGGGUAGAAUUCCAGCCACUACAAGUCUUCAUCUUCCGAACCUUGAAGGACUUUACUUGUCUAAAAAUCAUCUCUACGAGGAAAUUCCUCCGCACAUCACAAAUGCUUCCAAACUUAAGGCGUUGGAGCUAAAUAGCAACUUUUUCAGUGGCAGUAUUCCAACUAAUUUGGGAACUCUUCGUGAGCUGCAAAUGCUGCUCCUAAAUCAUAAUCAACUUACCAAUGAACCUAGAGAGCAUGAGUUGCAAUUCUUCAAUUCUUUGGCGGACUGUAGGAUGCUGCAAGAUCUUGAUGUGAGUAAGAAUAAGUUGAAUGGUAUUUUGCCCGAUACAAUCGGAAAUCUUUCAUCUACUAUCGAAUUCUUUGUAAUAAUAGAUGCAUACGUCAAUGGCCCCGUCCCCACAGGUAUAGGCAACAUGAGCAGUCUAACAACUCUAAGCCUAAGAGGAAACAACUUGGUGGGAAGUAUCCCUUCUGAUAUCGGUAAGCUUAAACAACUCCAAGGACUAUCUCUAAUUGACAAUAAAUUGCAGGGACAUAUUCCAGAGGCGGUAUGUCGUUUAUCUAAUUUGGUUCAAUUAGCUGAUCUCUUUGGGUUAAUUCCAGCAUGUAUAGGAAAUCUUAGCAUGCUACAAUAUCUUUCGUUGGGUUAUAGCCAUUUUGCAUCAAAGCUUCCUUUGAGUCUUUGGAAGACGAGUGGCCUUCUCCACAUAGACGUGUCACAGAAUUCUAUAGAGGGAGAAGCUCCACUGGAUAUUGGAGAACUGAAAGCCACUGUAGAUCUAUAUCUUUCCGGUAACCAGUUUUCAGGCGAGAUACCAAACAGUUUGGGGGAACUCAAAAACCUACAGUCUCUUGACCUGUCAAACAAUUCAUUUUCAGGCCAAAUUCCAUUAUCCUUUGCCAACUUGAUAAGCUUAGAAUUCAUGGAUUUGUCUUUAAAUGCCUUGUCAGAUCCUAUUCCUAAGUCUUUGGAAAAACUCUUGUACCUUAAAGCCAUCAAUGUUUCAUUUAAUGAUUUAGAAAGUGUAAUACCUAGUGGUGGAGUGUUUGCAAAUUCCACUUUGCAAUCAUUUCUUGGGAACAGAGGUCUACGUGGAACGCACAUAUUGGAUGUUCCUGCUUGUGCUAUCACUAAUCUUGGACAUCAAUCAAAAUCUAAGAAAAUUGUGCUAAACAUUGUCACUCCAGUGGUUGCUUCAACCUUUCUGAUAUUCGUGUUGGUUUUGAUUUGGAUUAUGAAACGACAGAAGAAAGGGAAGUCCAAAGAUGUGGAAAGGGUACCGGGAAUCAGGACUUAUCAAUUGGUUUCUUAUCGCGAGAUUCAAUGAGCAACAAAUAAUUUUGAUAGAUCCAAUUUAAUUGGUAUGGGAAGUUCUGGCUCUGUGUACAAAGGCACAUUAUCUAGUGGAAUUGUGGUGGCAAUAAAGGUUCUGGGUUUGGAAAAUGAGGAACUAUGCAAGAGGUUUGAUACUGAAUCUGAAGUGAUGAGAAAUGUUAGGCACAGAAAUCUUGUACCGGUGAUUACUACUUGCUCUAGCAAUACAUUAGAGUGCUUGUCCUGCAGUAUAUGCCAAACGGGAGUCUUGAGAAUUGGCUGUACAAAGAAGAUUGUCACUUGAACCUUCUUCAAAGAAUUGCCAUAAUGUAUGAUGUGACUAUGGCAGUUGAAUAUAUGCAUCAUAGUCAUCAUACUAAUAUUGUUCAUUGAGAUCUAAAGCCAGCCAACGUUCUUUUGGAUGAAGAUAUGGUGGCACAUGUUGGUGAUUUUGGAAUCUCCAAAAUCUUAGUUGUAAGCAAGUCCAUGGAACAUACCGAGACAUUGGGCACUCUUGGAUAUAUUGCACCAGAAUAUGGUUCAGAGGAGAUAGUAUCCACUGGUGGUGAUGUUUACAGUUAUGGCAUCAUGUUGAUGGAGGUUUUGGCAAAAAAGAAGGCCG